AGAAAAGUAUUAAUUACAAAUAACAGUAACAUUUAAGACAAGGAACAAGUCUACUGGAUUAUCAAACACCAUAUUACAAGCAGCAAAGCAAUGGACCUGAGCACAAGCCCUACAAAACAAGCUCAGUUGAAGCAAGAACAGCCAAAGCAACAACAAACACCAAAAAGGUAAGCACAUAGCCUCAUUUCUAUUCAACAAAUAUUUAUACCCAAUUUCCCAGUAUUAAAAACAUCUGAUUUUAUUUGCUAUAGAUCAAAAACAAAAACACAAAAUUCUAUGUCAAUUGAAGAUCUGAAUGCAAGAAAAGCCGGAAACAUGUUUGAAGGUGAUGUUCUUGUAGUCUAUAAAGCAACACUAGACAAAGUGAACAAAACACGCGAGGUUUUACGUGCAGAUCUAACAGAUUUGAAGGCAGAAAUGACAAUUACAUUGAAUGUACCCAGUAAUCUUGUCCAACAAUAUGAAAACAAGAUUAUUCCAGGAUCAGGAAUAUCUAUAACAGGAUUUCAAAUCGCUGCAAAAACAGACUAUGAUCGCGGAGAUUGCGAUUGUAUAUUGAUUUUAAAAGAAUCAUCUGUGGUGGAGACCAAACCAAGUAUCUGUAAGCAAUACAACUUCAUUCCAGGUACAACUAUCAAACAGUUACUCACAAGCACAAACGAAUAUGCCACUGGAACAAUUGGUGCAUUGGUUGUUGCAACAAAGAAAAAAGUUUUCCAAUACAUGAUUGAAAUCAAAGAUGGCUUCAGCGACAUGGACAAGGCAACGCUACUAUUACAUCCAAAUUUUGCACACCACUACUUAACAAUUGAAGAGAAACUCAAAAGAAAUGAAAUCCCAGCAAUGCUGUUUAGAAACGUUGUUAAAAGAACAGAUUUAAAAAACACACUUCGGACAGGUUUAUCAACAACUAUAUGCAGAUUGAAUGAUAAAAGAACAAUUGACAGACUCAAUGCACUACUACAUACAACAUUUCAGGUACUUAUUUCCACACAAUUCUACUCUUCAAUUUAUAAUAAUAUUUUUUCCUCUUGCUAA